AUGUGGCACAGCUGGCUCAAAGUGAGAGACACCUUCCAGCUGGGACUGAGAUAUGAAGUUAAAAAAGGAAGCAGAAUCAAGAUCUAUGAUCAUCCAUGGAUUCCUGGCCUACCUGGUUUUAAACCUAAGAGCAGACCUCCUGCUAACUCCAACAUCAGCUUGGUAAGUGAAUUGAUUGAUGUGAUAGGGAGAAAUUGGAAGAGAAAUGUUCUGCAAGAUCUCUUUUCAGAAGAAGAACAAGCUGCCAUCCUGAAAGUGAAAAGUUUAAACCCAGGGGAGGAGGACAAAAUGAUCUGGCACUGUGGUAAAAAGGGUACACACUCAGUGGCUGCUUCUUAUGACUAUCUGGUGAAGGAAAAAUGGAAGAACUUGGAUAUUGCUGAGCCAAGUAGGGGGCAUUCUGAGAUCAGGGCAGUUAAUGUCUCGGUCGACCCCUCAAAUAUCAAGUACGGGCCAUCGGUCACACCUCAGAUCGCGCCAAAUUAUGUCUACGCUACCGCCCAGAACAUGGGGGACGCCAACGUGGUGGAUGUCAACUUCAACAUCACGUGGGUCCUCGAGGUCGACCCGGGCUUUUCCUAUUUCGUGCGGUUCCAUUUUUGUGACAUUGUGAGCAAGUCCCUCAACAGUCUCAUCUUCAAUGUCUACGUAAACACCGACAUGGCCAUCAACAGCCUCGACCUAUCGAACCAGGCAGGCGACUUGGAUGCCCCCUACUACCGGGACUUUGUCGUCCAACUCCCUUCCAACUCGAGUGUUCUCACUGUAAGUGUAGGCCCCGACACCAACACCGACUUCAUAAAUGCAAUCCUCAACGGGCUCGAGGUCAUGAAGCUGAGCAAUGGGGCCCGAAGCCUGACUGGCAGCCUCCCUGUCGGCACCCUGCUCGUCCUGCCUCACAAGAAGAACAAGACGGGACUUGUGGUAGGGUCUGCUGCUGGGGCCGGCACUGUUGUUGUCCUCUUUAUGGGGCUGUGCCUCGUCUGCCUUCGGGCCCGCAGCCCCAAGGAGGGCAGGCAGGGCGGGAGCUCGUGGCUGCUGCCUCUUCCCCUGUACGGGAACUCAUUGACCGUCACGAAGACGUCGGCAGCCAGCGGGGGCACUGCCAGCUGCGUCUCUUUGGGGACGCCGAGCCUCGGGCGGUGCUUCACGUUCCAGGAGAUUAUGGAUGCCACCAACAAGUUCGACGAGGGCCUGCUGCUCGGGGUCGGGGGUUUUGGACGGGUGUACCGAGGGACGCUUGAGGACGGGACCCGUGUCGCAGUCAAGCGGGGUAACCCACGGUCGGAGCAGGGGCUGGCCGAGUUCCGCACGGAGAUUGAAAUGCUGUCCAAGCUGCGUCACCGCCACCUAGUGUCCCUCAUCGGGUACUGCGAUGAGCGCUCGGAGAUGAUCCUUGUGUACGAGUACAUGGCCAACGGGCCCCUCCGCAGCCACCUGUACGGAUCAGACCUCCCCCCACUCCCGUGGAGGCAGCGACUCGAGAUCUGCAUCGGGGCGGCCCGCGGUCUCCACUACCUUCACACAGGCGCCACACGCAGCAUCAUCCACCGGGACGUGAAGACGACCAACAUUCUCCUCGACGAGGGAUUCACCGCCAAGGUGGCCGACUUCGGGCUGUCCAAGGCAGGGCCGGACCUCGACCAGACGCACGUGAGCACGGCCGUGAAGGGGAGCUUUGGGUACCUCGACCCGGAGUACUUCAGGAGGCAGCAGCUGACAGAGAAGUCGGACGUUUACUCGUUCGGGGUGGUGCUGGUGGAGGUGCUGUGCGCAAGGCCUGCCCUCAACCCAGUGUUGCCCAGAGACCAAGUCAACAUAGCCGAGUGGGCAAUGACGUGGCAGAGGAAGGGGAUGCUGGAGCACGUGAUGGACAAGAGCCUGGUCGGGAAGGUGAACCCAGCGUCCCUCAAGAAAUUUGGGGAGACAGCCGAGAAGUGCCUGGCGGAGCAUGGGGUGGACCGGCCGAGCAUGGGGGAUGUGCUGUGGAAUCUGGAGUACGCGCUUCAGCUGGAGGAGACGACUUCGGCCCUGAUGGAGCCUGAGGAUAACAGCACAAACCAUAUCCCGGGUCUUGCUCUGGGGACGUUUGACAACAGCGUGAGUAUGAUUGAAGGGGGGCAUUCGGGGACUGAUGAUGAUGGGGAGGAUGUGGCCACGAGUGCUGUUUUCUCUCAGCUGGUGAAUCCACGUGGCAGGUGA